CUAAUAUUUAUCAUCAUAAUAAGUGAACAAAAAUAACACGAAGUCUUAUCAAAAAUACAGAACUUGAAAUCUUAGCUUGUUGGAAUUAAACUGUAAACUGAAGAUUCAUUCAUCUGUACUUAAAGAGUUCGAGUUAAGCAUAUAUGUUGGAAUUCUACUACAUUAUCAACCACCUACUGUAAAUUACCUGAAUCAACAUGAUUUUAAUUAAACGGAUACUUUCUUUAAGAAUUCAUAAGCAUAAAGUAUUAUUUAGAUGCUUUUGUAACUCUGUUAAUACUUUGGAAAAUAUUCAGACCAGCCCAAUACAAUGGCCUAAAGAUUAUGUUACUUCUCCAUUAGAAACUAAUGUUACUGAUUUUUCUACUAUAAGUCCUGCAUUACGUCCUACAUUUAAUCUUGCUGCAUAUGUUAACGACUCACAUUCAUUACAGCAAUUAGUGAAACUUGGCGUUGAACUUUACAAAUUUGAUAAUGAUCCUAGAAUAAUGGAGACAAUAUUAAAACUAGAUUUUGAACGUGACAUGAAACCUUACAUAAGAUUUAUUCAUGAUUGUGGGGUUCCAGUCGAAGAAAUAGGAAAGUUUUUAACCAAAAAUCCAAUGAUAUUUACUGAACACAUGGAUGAUUUGAUUACUCGAAUUAACUAUCUACAACAUAAAAAGUUUGACAAAGAAAUGAUUUCGACUAUAGUUCGAAAAUAUCCAAUGUGGUUGUCACAAAGUACUAUUGAUAUUGAUAAAAGUCUUGGAUUUUUUCAAACCAAAUUCUAUCUUUCUGGUGAUAAUGUUCGCAAUAUGGUAACUAAAUUACCAAAAUUAAUUACUUGGCCCAAAAAAUCAGUUAAUUUAAUAAUGUUCUCAUUAAAUGAAGAGAUGGGUUUUAAUAGGAGUGAAAGAAAAAGAUUGUUAUUAAUUCAACCUAAGAUAUAUAUAAUGUCUAAACAUCAUUUAUUUGAACGUUUCAACUACAUACAUAAUAUUAUGGGCAUAAAUCAUGAUCGUAUUGUCCUUGAACCUCAAGUGCUGACCAGUCGUUUAUUUAGAAUCAAACAAAGACAUGAAUACCUCAAGUAUUUAAAUCGAGCACAAUAUGACCCAACAAAGCCCAAUUAUGUGUCUCUUUUCAAUUUAGUUAAAGGAACUGAUUUAGAUUUUUGUUUGAAUAUAGCUAAGACUAAUACUGAAAAGUUUAAUAAUUAUUUGAAGACUGUUUGUUAA